UACAAUUGUUCGGGUUUUCUGUGUCAACUUGGACGUGAUAUCAAUCAACAAGUUCUACACUUAGAACUUAGAUAGAAGACAACCGUCAAGAAACUCCUCGAUGAAAUACGAGUUACUGAAAUGAUUAAAACAGUAAUGUCCCGCUAAAGUCAGCCUCCACUUCCAGUCGCUAGAUGUGAUGUAAUGAUUUCUUCAUAUUUGCGCAGGACGAAUACUUCCAAACUUGUAUCGAAGACAACCGUCAAGCAAUGUGCUAGUGACAGUUGUGUUUGUUCUAAUUGUGUGCGUCGAUAUAUGUCGUAUGAAUUAUAUUGUCUUUUUAUAUGAUUCCGCAACGAAGAGCUGUUGUCUAUGUUUCAAUUUAACACAGUUAAAAGUGUUCUUAAUGCAUUUUUGUGUGAAUAUAUGAACACGAUACAUAUUGGCACGCCAUUAAAGUACUACUUCCAGGUGUCCAGUAUUACCAUGUAUUGUGUAAUUUGUAAACAUUUAAUGUAAUACAGAACAUAUUUCUGUACUAUUUGUAUUCCAUGUCUCACGGUCCGCUACAAAUAAAUAUUUCCUUUCAUGACUGAAAUGUCGUAAAAGAGUUCUGUGAAGGACAGCCGUCAAGAAACUUCUUCGUACUUUUAGCAAAUGUUAAACCUAGUCAGAACAAGUCCCAGUAAAACUCGUUUAACAUAAAUAUCAAACAAGCUUCUAGCUUGUUCUCGCGGUGUUCGUAUAUUGAGAUUUAUACCAUUACGUGUUACACUUCCGACGUUUGGCUCCUAAGUUGGAACGGACGGGGGCUGCGCUUAAGCGGCUCCUUCCAAACCUCGGGGGGCCAAAUGCCUCCUGCCGGAGGUUGUACGCGGGGAUCGUGCGAUCCAUGGCCCUCUACGGCGCCCCUGUGUGGGCGCCGAACCUGAUGCGGCGGCCAGCUCGGGCGCUGCUCACAUCUCAGAGGGUCAUGGCCAUCCGGGUGAUCCGUGGAUAUCGCACGAUCUCCGGGGAGGCGGCGAACCUCCUUGCCGGAUUACCGCCGUGGGAUUUGGAGGCGAAGGUGCUCGCGCGCGUCUUCAGUUUGCGCGCCGACGCGUGCCGCCGGGGCGAAACUCCACUGCCGCGCCAGAUCAGUGCGUGGCGGGACGAGCUCCGGCGCGAUCUCAUGGCGGAAUGGCAGCAACGACUGUCGCAACCGAGGGCUGGGCUCGCUGUCAUCGCAGCGGUAAGUCCCCUCUUUGAGGAGUGGCUAGAGAGGCGCCACGGCGUCCUCACCUACCGCCUGACGCAAGUGCUUACCGGACAUGGGAGUUUCGGUAGGUUCCUGUUCCUUAUCGGGCGGGAGGAAACGCCCGGGUGUCAUCACUGCGAGGACCGCCCGGAGGACACGGUAGAACAUACGGUGGCGGUGUGCCCUGCGUGGGCUGACCACCGCCAAGUCCUCAGGGAUGUGGUCGGCGACGGCGACCUCUCGCGCCCGGCACUGGUUCAGGCCAUGGUGCGGAGCGAGAGGGACUGGGAUGCCGUCUCCUCUUUCUGCGAAGCAGUCAUGCUAGCUAAGGAGGAGGCGGGGCGUGUGAGAGAACAAACCUCCUUACGCCCCAGCCGUCGCGAGAGACACUCCGGGCGUCGGGGAUCGCGGGACGAUCUCCGGCCACCGUAAGUGCGGGCCUGCGGACGGCGAGCAAGGGUAGCUCACCGCCCGAACAGAACCAGACCCGUGCGUGCAGCGCGUAGCGUUCCGCGCGCGCCUCAAAGAGCCAUCAGACCACCACAGAUGGGGCCCAGUAGGGCUGAUGCCUAAUCCGGAGCUGCGGACUACCUAGCGGGUUUACCGGGGCUCCGGCUCGACGGGCAGGAGUAGGAACGGGGUGGUUUAUAGUCAGUAAGAGUCUGACACUCCCUCUC